AUUAAUUGCCAUUUUCUUGCUCAUUUUAUACACGAGCAUAUCAAUGAUGAGGAGGCCAAGGCCUGGUGGUGGCCUUCACCCACCACCGUUGGCUCCUACGGUGAGCAACUUCAAGCCAAGGGCUCAGUGGAGCACCUUAGAAUCUUCUAUGUUCCUCAAUGUCCAUCUUCCUGGGUUUUAUAUGGACCAGAUCAAUAUCACGAAAGAUGAGAAGGCACGGACUAUCAAGAUUGAAGGCCAGAGACCACUCUCUACACAGACAAAGGCUCGUUUUAAUGAAGUUUACCGUGUCCCUGACUCAUGUGACAUGACGAAACUGAAGACCUCUUUCUCACAUGGGCUCUUGACGAUUGAGUUUCCGGUGGUUGUGGAAAAUGAGAAAGCGGGAAAGGUGGUGGCAAAUGAUAAGGGGAAGACUGUACAGAGGCCUAAUCAUGAGGAAACUAGAGGGACGGGUGUCGUUGGUGGGCGUACCUUGAGACGAAGUAACCUUUCGGGCAAGGAGAAACAAGUGGGGACAACAAGUCAAGAGAAAGCUGCUUCUCCAAAGGAGAAGAAAGAAGAACCAAAAACGUAUAAAUCAGUAGUUGAGGGUAAGAGAGAGGUUCCAACGGCUAGGCGUGUGAAGACUGAGCAGAAAGUGAAAGACGGAGUGGGUAGUAAGGAACAUGCGAAACAAGAGAAGGUGGUUGAGAAAAAGGAGAGUUCUCAAAUGGGUCAACAAAAGACUGUACAGAAACUAAAGGAGGAAGAGGGUAAAGGUGGAUCCACCGUUGGUGGUAGCUUGAAAGCCAAGGUACCUGCACAAGAAGGGAAAGUGACUGAGAGGAAGAAAGAUGGUGACGUCGGUCAGAAAAAGAAUGAACAGAAGGUUAAAGAGGACGGAGAUACUAAAACGCCAGCCAUUGGUGGUAGCUUGGAACACAAGGUACAUGCUAAAGCAGAAAAAGUAGUUGAGAGAAAGGGAGAUGGUGAAACAGUUCAGAAGCUGAAAGAGGAAGGAAAGACUGGCUUGGGAGAAAAGAAAGAAGAGAAACACACAAAACCAGCUGAUGGUGAUGAGGCAAGAAGAACUGAAAAGGAGAUUUCUGCGUUGAACCAGGCAAAGCCUGAGCUGAAAACGAAAGAGAGAGUUGAAAGAACAACACGGGAUGUUAAUGGAGACGUAACAACCAAGAAUGAUGAGAAGAUGGUUGGAGACAAGGUAAGUAAAGGAGAGAUUCAAGAGGAAGUGGGAGAAAAGAAAGUAGAAGAAGCCGGUUUAGUCAAAGAAACAAGAGAUACGAAAGAUAAUCCUCAAGUUGUGGAAACCAUAAAGGUAGAUUCAGGUGGUCCUGUGAAGAAAGAAUCAACCAUAGGAGGUGAAGAUAGAGAGAAGAUGGUUGAAAAGAGCUCUGGAUCAGAAACAGUACCAUUACUAGUCCAAGGACAGAAGGAGAGCACCAACAAGGAACCUCCUGCAGCAGAAGGAAGCGGUCUGGAGAAAGAAGAGAGUCACAAAUAUGGCAUAUCUUUGGUCAAUGUUGGAGUAGCUUCUCUUGUAAUUAUGGUGUUUGGUGCUUACGUUUUCGUACCACUUGUAAAAAUGUUCUAUUGAUACGGUUCAAAACAAAACUAAUGUAGAUGGCACUUAUUUAUGGUUUGUAUUACAGAAUAAUUACUGGUUCUAACUUUUCAAGCA